UUCAGUUUUACUGGUCAAACCAUAGCCUCGCACUUGUGAGAGUCGCAGACUUAGGCUCUGGUUGUUAGACAGUCAGUGGUUAAAAGUUCAUCAUUUCCUAAAAUUACUUAGUGUUGAGUUGAUAGAAAGGUGGUGACAGCUAUGUUGUCCACCCCGAGGAAGCUCUUCUGCUUUAAGAAGGAGCCGAAAACCCCAUUGGGGUUUUGUGACGGCCCAAGCAGGGCAACGGGAUACUUGUCCUGCUUUCACUGUGGAACUGAAGACAGGUACUGCCAGCCUUAUGACCCUGAAAAUGAAUUUCAUGAGGCAGUAUGCAUGGGAAAGCUCAAAGUGGUGGUGCGUCUCCUCAGGAAGAAGCAAUUUCAUGUGAACGAUGAGGAUGAAGGGAAACGAACUGCGCUCCACUUUGCCUGUUUCUAUGGGCAUAUCCAUCUGGUUCGUUUUCUGAUAUUUAAGGACUGUGAGAUAAAUGCCCUUGAUAAUCAAAUGUCCACACCACUAAUGAAGGCUGUACAGAGUUGGGAGACAGAGAUCGUGUCUGUCCUACUUGAUCAUGGAGCAGAUCCCAAUAUCAAAGACUGCAACGGAGAAGCAGCGAUCCACCAUGCAGUGUAUGUAGACAGGCCAGAUAUUGCCAGCAGUCUUCUUGAAUUUGGGGGAAACAUUGAAGAUACUACAAAGGAUGGGUUGACCCCUCUGCUGCUAGCACUCCGAGAAAGGAAACCCCGCAUGGCAGCACACCUAAUCACACACGGUGCGAAUCUUCACGCAUCUGAUCAAUAUCUAAGAACAACACUCAUGUAUGCUGUUAGAUGGGAUUGUGACAUUAUGGUUGAAAUUUUACUGAAGAAAGGUGUUGAUCACCAGUUAAAGGACACAUUUGGAUGGAGUGCUCUUUAUUAUGCCAUUAUGGGGAAACGCAAAACAAAAAUGGUGAUUAUUCAGCACGAGUUACUUCUCUGGAAACAACAAAAUACCUUCACACGAAAUCAGCCUGAAGAUGUCUUUUCAUCAGGACAUCACUUUGAAUCUGAGUCACUGAUUUCCGUGUGUACAGGAAUGGAGGACACAGCUAAUUUGAAAACUCAGCAAGAUAUUCCUGAGAAUAGUCUGAAAAGUGGUGCGGAUGACUUACCAAUAGCUUCCAAACAAUAUGAAAAUGUAGAAGAACAAGAAGAACUAGAAUUAGAAACAAUACCGGAUUUAGAACUGGAAAAUGCAAAUGUUUGUCAUAAGAAUGAAGACUAUCAAAAAUUGAAAGCUGCCCAGUCAUCCAACGUAGGAAAUGGUCCAGAAGAAAAUGAAAUAAUUCAAGUUUGGGCUGAAAAAUGUCCGCAUCCAGAGCUGAGGGAUUUUUGUCAUCUAGUCUCCAGAUCCAAGCCUGAAACACAGCAAUCUCAAACAGUUUGGGCUGAAAAAUGUCCACACCCAGAGCAGAGGGAUUAUUCUCAUCGAAUUUCCAAACCCAAGUCUGAAACACAGCAAUCUCAAGCAGUGUGGGCUGAAAAAUGUCCUCACCCAGAGCUGAGGGAUUAUUCACGUCCAAUCUCCAAACCUGAGUCUCUACCACACCAAUCUCAACCAGAUAUAAUAUUUUCAGAAGAACUAGAAGAAGAAAUAACAGAAUUUAAAGUGGAAAAUGAGAGAAGUUUUGAUAAGCGUGCAGAAAAUCAAGAAUUUAGUGUGUCUGACCCUAAUGGACCACAGAAAUCUUCCACAAAAGCUCCCAACUCAUCCAAUAUGGACAAUGAUGCAGAAAAGAAUGUAAUAAUGCAUCAGGAGAGAACAUCUGUCAUGGAAGACCAAGAACAUGCCUCAGAAGAGCAGAGGCAGCACAGUGCAAGAAAAACUAAGCGGCCAUUUAGUGUGUCUGACCCCAAUGGACCACAGAAAUCUUCCACAAAAGCUCCUGACUCAUCCAAUAUAGACAAGGAUGCAGAAAAAAUUGUAGUGAUGCAUCAGGAGAGAACAUCCAUCAUGGAAGACCAAGAGCAUACCUCAGAAGAGCAGAGGCCGCACAGUGCUAGAAAAACUAAGCGGCCAUUUAUUGAUGCUAUAAGAGCAUGCUUUUGUGCAUGUUUCACCAAAAAACGGAGCUCUUCUUCCCACUACAAGAAAUAGAAGAGAAAACAUAAAAAAGUGAUGAACUUGGACAAGCCUACGACAAUUGCCUGACAACUUCUCCGACCAUCCACAAUAAGACAACUCAGGAGAAAAUCUGUCUCUUCUCCAAUAAUUGCUUCAAGAAAAAGCACAUUUUUAUUUUAUGUUUUAGAAUAAUAUAGUAUUAUAUUACAUAAUCUUCAGUGUUAUUUUCACCUGUUUAUUU